ACGUCCUCUUAACUAACUUCCAUGAGUUACACAUAUCUGGAUGUAUACCGAAGCGCACAUAUUCUACACAUGUUUGAUUUUCGUACUAUUCACAGUCCGAUUUUAAAAGUCAAAAGGACAUUUUUUACAAUGUAAAAUCGCGAAGUGCAGUAGCCCUGCAUUAAUGUCUGGACGUCACAGCAUAUUUUAGGUUUUUAUGUGCAUAGGUGCGUAUUUCAUCCAAGGUUCGAGUAUAUAAAUGUGGCUUGUGGUGAUAACAGUUCAAAAAAAAAAAAAAAUCACAUAUCCUCGAUAAUUUAAUCAGAUGUGACGUCUUAAAUGUAGUAUAAAUACAAGUACUUGUGUCCAAGAGACAACAUUUUGUCCGAAGACCAAGCUUGAAUAACAUACGUGACAUUUAAUAUUAUUAUGGCUUUAAGUGUAUGGUUAUUUUUAAUAUUUUCCCAAUUAACGUUGGUUCUUGGAAAUAACUGGGACUGUGCUGAUUUCUACUGGAGGGACUACUUUGGUACUAUUCCGUACGAUGCUGUCCCAGCUGGAAAAGACCGCCAGGGUGAUAAUGGAUACAUUGGUUUAGUAUACAACCGUGGCUCUGAGCUUCUGCCAGCAAACGUUCUGCCGAAGGAGGGAAUAGCACAAACGACGGCACACACUUCUGUCAUAAAUAGUACUGAAUAUGUGAAAAUACUGUGCGGUCCUUACAAAAGAGCUUUUGUGUGGAUUCGUGUUGAAAAUCCUAACAAUUUUCACGGUUCUAAUUAUCCUAAUCUUAUUCCUGGAGGUACUGAAGUAGGAAAGAAAGUAUACAUUACUAGGGUUAAUUACAAUGGGGACGUAAUAGUAGGCAAACUGCAGGAAGGCGGUAACCAAGUAGGAUCGGCAUUUCCUGCAGGAAAUACUAUUAGGCAUAAAUUCCCUUUUGACGUUUUGUCGUACGAUUGCAGUAAACAAGGUAUUCCUUGUUUUGAUGUUAGGACAGGUAUUUCAGAAAAACAAUAGAA